CAGGUGAGUGGGCGUGGCAUCUGCGUUGCUUGGCAACUACAUCAGCUGGAGGGCUGCAGGCUGGAUAAUAUCCCGUGUGUGGAUGCUGAGAAUAUCGAACAACUGUUAGAAUGCGCAGUAAACACACAGUGGUAGCUUACAAGGAUGCUAUCUAUGUUUUUGGUGGAGAUAAUGGAAAGAAUAUGUUAAAUGAUCUUUUGAGAUUUGACGUGAAGGAUUGUUCCUGGUGCAGAGCUUUUACUACAGGGAGCCCUCCAGCACCCCGAUACCACCAUUCUGCUGUGGUCUAUGGGAGCAGUAUGUUUGUGUUUGGUGGUUAUACUGGAGAUAUUUAUUCUAACUCCAACCUCAAGAAUAAGAAUGAUCUUUUUGAGUAUAAGUUUGCAACUGGAUUAUGGACAGAAUGGAAGAUUGAAGGGCGAUUACCAGUCGCACGGUCUGCCCAUGGUGCUACCGUAUAUGAUGAUAAACUCUGGAUAUUUGCGGGAUAUGAUGGAAAUGCAAGGUUAAAUGAUAUGUGGACCAUUGGUUUACAAGACCGGGAUCUAACAUGUUGGGAGGAGAUUGAGCAGAGUGGAGAAAUCCCCCCAUCUUGUUGCAACUUUCCAGUCGCUGUUUGCAGAGACAAAAUGUUUGUUUUUUCUGGCCAAAGUGGUGCAAAGAUCACAAAUAACCUGUUCCAGUUUGAAUUCUCAGAAAAAGUGUGGACACGCAUCCCCACUGAACAUUUGUUACGUGGGUCACCUCCACCACCCCAAAGACGUUAUGGACACACUAUGGUGGCUUUUGACCGUCAUCUCUAUGUGUUUGGGGGUGCAGCAGACAAUACUUUGCCUAAUGAGCUGCACUGUUAUGAUGUGGACUCUCAGUCCUGGGAGGUGAUCCAGCCCAGCCCAGACAGUGAGUUACCCAGUGGCCGCCUGUUUCAUGCUGCAGCUGUUAUUGCUGAUGCCAUGUACAUCUUUGGUGGGACUGUUGACAAUAAUGUCAGGAGUGGAGAGAUGUACCGUUUCCAGUUCUCUUGUUACCCAAAGUGCACUUUACAUGAAGAUUAUGGGAGACUGUUUGAGAAUCAGCAAUUCUGUGAUGUUGAAUUCAUCCUAGGAGAAAAAGAGGUGAGGAUGAGAGGACACACUGCUAUUGUCACAGCUCGCUGUAAAUGGCUGAGGAAGAAAAUCACGCAAGCUAGAGAGAGACAGAGACAAAAAUUCAAACAGGAGCCUGAGGAUGAAACUCAGAACUCCCAGCAGAAAACCGAGAGUGCCAGCAGCAAAGUCAAGCUAUCCCGCUCCCAGCCAAUGCUAGAGGUCAUCAUCCGAGAUGCUGAAGCUCGCCCGUUCGAGUUACUUAUGCAGUUCCUUUAUACAGACAAAAUCAAGUACCCAAGGAAGGGUCAUGUUGAAGACGUUCUACUCAUUAUGGAUGUUUAUAAACUAGCACUACACUUUAAACUCUCACGUCUUGAGCAGCUUUGUGUUCAGUAUAUUGAGGCCACUGUUGAUCUUCAGAAUGUCCUUGGUGUAUGUGAAAAUGCAAAUAAACUGCAGCUUGACCAGUUAAAGGAACAUUGCUUAAACUUUGUGGUGAAAGAGUCACACUUCAACCAAGUAAUAAUGAUGAAAGAGUUUGAGCACUUGUCAUCCUCACUGAUAGUGGAGAUUGUCCGUAGAAAGCAGCAGCCUCCUGUUCGGGUCCAUUCUGAUCAGCCAGUUGACACAGGCACUUCUCUGGUCCAGGAUAUGAAGGCCCAUUUGGAAGGGGCAGGGAAUGAUUUUUGUGAUAUUACAUUGCUGCUAGAUGGACACCCAAGACCUGCACAUAAAGCCAUCUUGGCUGCCCGAUCCAGCUACUUUGAAGCCAUGUUUCGUUCUUUCAUGCCUGAGGAUGGACAAGUGAAUAUCUCAAUUGGAGAAAUGGUGCCAAGCAAGCAGGCCUUUGAGUCCUUGCUAAGAUACAUUUACUAUGGAGAAGUCAAUAUGCCCCCAGAAGACUCCCUCUACUUGUUCUCUGCCCCAUAUUACUAUGGGUUCUUCAGUAACCGACUACAAGCAUACUGCAGGCAGAAUCUGGAAAUGAAUGUUACAGUGGAAAAUGUACUUCAGAUUUUAGAAGCAGCAGAUAAGACCCAGGCUCUGGAUAUGAAAAAGCACUGUCUUCAUAUCAUCGUCCAUCAGUUCACCAAGGUUGCAAAGCUGCCGAACCUGCGAUUACUGAGCCAGGCUCUGCUCAUCAACAUAAUCGAAUCUCUGGCCAGUCACAUUUCUGACAAGCAAUGUGCUGAGUUAGGCUCUGACAUCUGAAGCCACCUCCAUGGACCACGUGUGAUGCCUAAAGACAAACUUCGUGCCAUUCCUCGUUGUCGCAAGUAAAUCAUCUUGUCGCACCACAGAAACCAAAAGCUGCUGUGAGUUUACGCUUCAUUUAUAGUGAAGGAGCUGAGAAUGCCUGAAUACUGCUGCCAAUCUGUGCGUGAAAACUCCUUUUAGGGGUGCCGUGCAUUAGAUCUCAAUACUCCCCACAUCAUGGUUUGUACAGAUUUUGCUGCUGUCAGUUUGAACUACUGAAUGUACUCUGUAUCACUACACUAGGAAUUUAUAAAGCUGCCUGCUAAUGCUCUUAAAGGCAAAGUAAAAUCCCAUGUUUUUUUAAUGUGUAUAGGGCUACAUUACUACUUCCCAUGUAUAGCUGCUUUGGGUCUGUAUUUGUAGGCCAUGGGUCCCCAAACUUUUUUUUUUUUUUUACCUGUGAAGCACACCCGAAUGUAAUAACUGUUGAGGAGCAAGAAACAAGAAAAAAAAUCCUUGGAGAUGCCAAAUAAGGGCUGUGAUAGGCCAAUUGAUAGCUCCACGUAGACUGCUAGAAUGCAUGCAAAUAAACCUGUAUGUUUAUGCCUCCAAACCUCCAAAACUUGUAUUUAAUCCAGGAAUUUCCAAAUUGGCACUUACUAUGAGACCACUGGGAGCAACAUCAGUGGGAGUGGACAACAGCAUGUUUCUCAUGAACCACUGCUUGGGGAUCACUGCUGUAGUCCCAUCAUGUCACCAGUAGGUGACCAGCAAUGAAGGAGCCAACCCCAAAUGCUCAGUAGUAGCACAGAACGAGGACCAUAACUGUUGUACAUGGAAAGUAAUACAGGAGCUCUAUGCUGAGGAACUAAUUUGCUUAAACUCUUCCUUUUCUCUUAAGUUCAUCUUCAUGAGUGAAAAGGUGGUAAUGCAAAGUUUGUUUGGGAUAUUCAGAUGCACAAAAAUCAAAAUAAAUAUAGUAGAAAUAUACUGCCCUAAAGAUCCUCUGUAGACUAAUGCCAGACGUAGCAGACCUAGUCCUGUAGAGAAAUACAAUUGAUAAUCCGCUUCCUAUUUGAUGUGACUGUACCCACAUACAUUACAUUGGACAACAUGCAGGCACACAUUGCAGAUUUUGGUGUCCAAAUGCAAACUCUCGCAUUUCAGGCAUUUGCCAGGGCAGGGACACAUGGAGAUUUAGUCACCCGGCGACAAAUCGCCUCUUCGGCAACUGAUCUCCCUGAACUGCCUUCCCGCUGGCUAGAAUCUAAAUCACCAGAGGGAUGGAAUGCGGAGUGCUUCAUUUUUUGAAGUCACCCAUAGUUUCCUCGUCAGCCAACUUCGGGCAACUUCGGAAAACGAAGCGCCCUGAAAGCCAUCCCGGCGGCAAUUUCGAUUUUAGCCGGUGGGAAGGCAGUUUCGGGGAGAUUAGUCGCCCGAAGAAGAGGCGAUUUGUCGUUGGGCGACUAAGGGUCAGUCCACACGAGCAGAUUCAUGGAGAUUAGUCGCCCCAGCGACAAACUUCCCUCUGCCGGCUAAAAUGAAAAUUGCCUGCGGCAAUGCACACGUGGCACUUUGUUUUCUGAAGUAGCACGAAGUUGCCCCCUCAGGGGAAAGUCAGUUUGGGAAGAUUGUCGCCCCGAAGAAGAAGCGAUUUGUCGAUGGGGCGACUAAUCUCCCUGAAUCUGCUUGUGUGGACUGACCCUUAAUUCCCCUGAAUCUCCACAUGUGUCUCUGCCCUUAAUGUCAAACCUGUAUCCGUCCCACCUGACUUCUAAUAAAUUCCCAUUAUCUAUUUACACUCACCUAGCAGCAAUUCACUAUGUAAAUAGCCAUUGUGUCUUUUUGUUUUUAACUUAACACCUACGUAGUGAUGUGUCUGUGUUUUCUAUUCACUUAUUUUACUAUUCCAUAUCUGACAUUUUUUGUGUACUUUUUGAAAAAAGCUCCACCUUCUUUCUCCAUUCAUUUUAUUUGAAUGAGGUCAACCCACACCUUGAUAUGGGGAUCAGACACAUCACCUGAUCAGUAUAUUACAUCUAUCUCUUCUUUUAUACAUCAGUAAUGGCAACAAUGGAGAUGGCUUUGUAUGCGUGUCACUAUUGUCUGCUGUUAUCCUGCAUUUGUACAACUGUUUGAUUGGGGAACUCUUAUUUAGAGUAAAUAAAUCGGUUUAUCUAUAGCAACGGGGGGGGGUGCAAUUCAAAGUCCAAUUGGGCUGGAGGUUCCACUCAGCAGAUAAGAGCUCAGCUAUUUACAAUACAAUGGAGUCAGUUGUGAAGUGGGUCAUUCCUGGCUCUCUCUACAUCCACACAUGUGAUUAUAUACAAAAUAAUCUAAUGAAUAUUUAAUUUGUAGUUACAGGAUAGACAGAUACAGAGAUCUAUUACCUGGCAGAUAUAUAUAUAUAUAUAUAUAUAUAUAUAUAUAUAUAUAUAUAUAUAUAUAUAUAUAUAUAUAUAUAUAUAUAUAUAUAUAUAUAUUCACAUCCUUUCCCAUUUCUCUGAAAUAACCAGAUUCUCUUCUGACCAUACCAACUUUCCUGCAUUUUUAUUGCCCUUCCCUAUCACUGACAUUAUACAAACCUCUUGCUAUUGAUUGGUGGCUUUUGGGUUUUGUACCAUUUUCCUGAUUUGACAGUUAUAGGACAGGAAUGGGAUACACAUCCAAACAACAUAUUUUGAGCUUUUAUAUUUUAAACAUUUGUUUUACUGAUUGGUGCUUUGAAAUAAGAAUAUCUGAACAAAAUGAUAGUCUUGUGUUACAAUCAAAUAAGAGAGUAUAUAGUAUUGCAAGGCACCAUAUAAUGUUGUACAGUAUAAACCACUUUAUCACUUUUUUGGUGUUACUGGUCCUUUAAAUACUGACAUGUUGGCUCUGUUCUUAUCUAGAGGUUAGCUGAGCUUCAGAUGAUGUUUAUCUCUGUACUUAGCCCUAGAGGCCUGGAGAAUAAAUGUGUAUCUAGAUUAAGGGACCAUGCUAUUUGAAGUCAGGAGCACUUUAUAUCUGGAUUUUAUAACUGAACAAUUCCUUAGUAACUCUCAUGUACACGUUCCUAAAGCACUAGGUUAGAACGACCACUAUUUCUUCUGUAUGUUGCAUUGAGCUGGGGGGUGCAGCUGGAAUAAUACAGAAUCCCUUUGCUAGUGGUAUAUACCCACAGAAGGGGGUCCCACUGUACUUAUGGUGUGUAACAUUAGGCAAAAGGAAUGUUUUUAAAGGACAUGUAAAGCCUACAUUUUCCUA